AUGCUUGCAGUGCUUGUGAAGCUUGAUGAGAUCGCUGAAGCUGAAGACUUGCUGAAAGAGUGGGAGUCCAGCAACAAUGCAUUGGACUUCAAAGUUCCAAAUGUGCUGCUCAAAGGAUACUGCCAAAAGGGCUUUCUGGACAAGGCUGAGGCGCUGCUCAACAGCUUCUUGCCAAAGGGUAAGAUGCCUUCUUCAACCAGCUGGGCAAUUAUGGCAAGUGGAUAUACGGAGAAAGGUGAUGUCGCGAGAGCUUAUGAGCUGACCAAAAAUGCCCUCUCUAUGUGCGUCCCUAAUUCUGGCUGGAUCCCAAGUCCUUCGAUGAUUCAGAUGAUACUUAAGUAUCUUAAAGAUGAAGGGGAGGUCAAGGAUGUCGAAGCUUUUCAUUGA